CUCUCUGCUCUUUAGCUUAAAAUUUUGAUGUAUUCAUCUUUGCUUACUAUAUUCAUCUUCUCCGUGAUUAUGAGCGCGGGCUCCAUUCUCCUGAAUUAAACAGUCUAAAAUUGUUAUCUCUUCCCGAUUUAAAAAUUUCUGUGCCGACCCUGAGCUACUAAAUAGCAUCAGGUUGCCAAAAUUGAAAUCCUUUCCAGGAGCGGAAUGUGCAAAUAUGACUCCCUCUGCAGCUCAUUAGCCGUAGGCUUUUCCUCUCCAGCGGUUCCGGUGGAUAAGAGUUUUCAACCAGAACCUAAGAAACUAAUUCGCCCCUUAGACGACGUUCCCUCCAGACGGAUCGGAAGCUCGCCAUUUCUUCUGUUGCCUAGAUCACACGAUGGAGGCCGAUCCAAUUAUUGAUUGGAAAUUAAAGACUGAAAUAAAUACUAUUAAUAUUGUCAUUGUUGGGAGGACUGGUAGCGGCAAGAGUGCAACUGGAAAUAGCAUUCUUAAAAGGGAAGCCUUCCUUACUGGUGGUGGCGUAGUGGCAGUAACUUGUUCUUCUGAGCUACGAGGAACUAUUCUGAAUGAUGGUCGUAUUGUCAAUGUUAUAGACACACCAGGGCUGUUCGAUUCUUCUACUAGUGCUGAGGUAAUAAGCGAGGAGAUAGUCAAAUGCAUUAAUUUGGCCAAGGAUGGUAUCCAUGUAGUACUCAUGGUAUUCUCCCUUCAAUCUCGCUUUAUAACAGAAGAGAAGGUUUCCAUUGAGAUUAUGAAAUCAAUUUUUGGGGAUAAGAUUGUUGACUACAUAAUUAUAGUUCUCACUCAUGGAGACUUCCUAGAAUCUCAAAAGAAAAGCUUGAAGGACUAUAUUACCCAUUUUCCAGAAUCUAUGAGGAACAUCAUCCAAUCUUUCAAGAAUAGAGUAAUCGUGCUUGAUAAUACCACCAAGGAUAUGAUCAAGAGAGAGAAACAAGUAAAGGAGCUGCUCUCUCUUGUUGAAUAUGUUAUUGUGGAUAAUGGUGGACAGUCAUAUUCAAAUAAGUUUUUUGCUGAACUCAAGGAAGCUAAAGAAGGAUGUUCCAAAGAGAAGUUAUCUGAUGAUGUCAAAAAACAUUUAACUGAGAGAGUAGACGAAACGGGGAAAUCAUAUAUGGAGAGGUUUUUGAAAGAGCAAGUUGAACAAUUGGAGGCUAAAUUACGAGAUGAAAGGCUUGGCCGAGAAUCACAGGGUGAGGAGAUUCGGAAGCUCAAAGAGGAUCUGAAUGUGACUAGAAGGCAAUAUGAGGAGAUCAAGAAGCGUAAAGCUAAAGGCCAUAGGUGUUCUAUCCUAUGAAAUGUGGCAUUCUGGUUAUGAAACAAUAUCUAUAUAUAUAGUUUUCUAGGAAGAACAACAUAUUACUUUUCUAUUAAGAAGUUUCAUUUGCAAGUUUGCUACAAAUCAUUUAUUAUUUAUCAUUAUAGCGGCUUUGUGUUUAUUAUUGUUACUAUUAAGAUAUACAUAAUUAGAUGGCAAAAAUUUAUAAUGCAAGUUGCUUUUCA